GCCUGGCUGCGUGUUCGGCCUACCGCACCAUGACUGUGCCUGUUCGCUGGGAUGUUGUGCGCCAGGCUAAGCUCUGCUACCAGUGUCUUGGUCCCCAUCUGCUGCGUGCUUGCCACAGCACCCGAUGCCCAUGGUGUGGUGGCCCGCACCACUCGUCAUUGCACCCGCCGCCCGGAGAGCAUGCAGCCCUCAUGCCUACUGAGAGAUGUGUACCUGAUCGCGGACCUCUGUCACCCCCUGCCGCUGCUGCUGUGUCUGAGAGUCGCAUGCCUGAUCGCAGACCAUUGCCGCCCCCUGCUGCUGCUGGUACUUUUUCUGCCAACCAGGGACGGAUGUGCAUGGGCGUGCGGAGCCAGCAGCACUGCUACGUGCAGACGGCGCUCGUGGAGGUGGCUGGUCCUCGGGGCGUGCGUCUAGUACGCGCGCUGAUUGACGGCGGGGCAGACGCCUCCUUCAUCCGGGCUUCACUGGCUGACCAGCUGGGACUCGAGAAGGUCGGCCAGGGGACCUUCGCGUGUGUCGGAUUCAAGGAAAGAGUUGAGGAGGCUCACCAGUACGACCAAGUAAGCGCGCGGCUCACUGGAUACCAGAAAGCAGACGACCCGGCAGCGGCACGCCUACCGCUGUCAGCUGGUUGACGUCGAGCGAAUGUGGACGCUGGACGCUGUGGGAGUCGCCGCAGAGGAGACCGCCGAGAGAGACCCACCUGUACCGACUUGGAACGCCACCGAGAACAGGUAUGAGAUGGGGCUAGUAUGGAAGUCCGACCAGCGCCCAUUGUCUAACCUGAUGUUAUCGAAGACCCGGACUCACCGUAUGACAGAGAAGUUGAAUGUUGAACAGUUCCAGGAGUACGAUGACCACCUGCAUCAGCUGCUGGAAGACGCCGUCAUCGAGCCCGCGCAGCCGAGUCCGCCAUCAGAGUUCAUCUUACCGCAUCGAGGACUGCACCGCAACGGCAAACUGCGAGUGGUGUUCGAUGGAUCAGCGCCAGACGGUGCAGGUAUGAGCCUGAACUCCUACCUUGAGCCGGGAGAGAACCUGCUGCAUCGUUUACCAGCUGUGCUACUUAACUUCCGUUCAGGAGCUGUGGGUUGUCAGACGGACAUUCGUGCAGCUUUCCAUCAGAUUGUACUCACUGAGGAGGACCGUCAGUUCGUGCAGCUGCUGUGGGCGGGCCAGCGGCUGAGGUUUCGCAGGGUCCCGUUUGGACUCACCUGUUCGCCCUACAUGCUGCUGUGCACUAUCGCUGAGCACGUCCGCCGGUGUCUGCGCGAUGAACCUGUUCUGUUGCAGAAGGUUCAGGAUUCCGUCUACAUGGACGACAUGUGCCCGUCCUUCAGUACGAGGGCGGAGGCAGAGGCCGGACUGACGAAGAUGGGUGACGUCUUCAGCGAGGCCUCCAUGGAUCUUCACAAGACCAGGAUGUCUGGUGACGACACUGAGGACGAGAAGGUGCUCGGCCUACUGUGGAGCACAAGAUCGGAUCGUUUGGCCGUGACCGUGCCACAGGUGACCUGCCCUGGCACCCGGGCUGAGCUGCUAUCUGCUGUGAGUAGACCGUUUGAUCCGCUCGGCGUGGUGACGCCGUGGCUGAUCUGGGGGAAGGCCCUGUUUCAGCGUACCUGGCUUGACGCUGAAUGCACAUGGGAUAGUCCCCUGAGUGGGGAGCUGCAGACCGAGGUCCGAGCCUGGUGGAGAGACUCGCCGGGGAGGGUGAUCUGGUUCCCUCGCCUAGCCGGAGCGCGUGACGACCAGUCCGGAGCGACUUUUCACGUGUUUUGUGACGCGUCUCGGACCGCCUACUGCGCGGUGGUGUAUGUGGUCCAGGGUGGGGAGCCUGCCCUGGUGAUGUCGAAGAGUAGGCUGGCCCCCCUGUCUCCACAUCUAACGAUCCCCAGGCUGGAGCUGAUGGCCGCUGUUGUUGGAGCCAGGUUGAUGGACUUCAUCAAGAACGCGCUGCAUCUGGAGAGCGCAACAGUCACCUACUGGUCCGACUCGACCGACGUGCUUCACUGGCUCAACCGGAGGCGGCCUCUCAAGAUGUUCGUGGAGAACCGGGUGAAGACUGUGCUUCAGUUGACGACCGCCGACCAGUGGAGGUACGUCAGAGGCUCUGAUAACCCCGCUGACAUAGGCACGAGAGGGGUAACGCUGACCUCUCUCAUCGCCUGUGACAAGUGGUGGAAGGGUCCACCAUUUGAUUUGAGUCCGCCUGACUAUGAUGCCUCGUUAGUGCUACUGACGCCUCCCUCAGCAGAAGCCGAAGCAGAGACGAGGCCCGAGGUCAGACGUCAGAUCGUGGCCGUGAGACGAGAGUGUGGCCCUGAUCCGAUUCCAGACGUCAUGCGUGGACCGUUUGACGUGACUCGGUGUUCUCAUCUCAAGCAGGCAGUGAACCGCACCGCGUGGAUUCUUCGGUUCGCGCACAACGCCAGGCACCAGCGCACGGAGAGGAGGAGUGGAGCGCUGUCGCCCGACGAGCGCCGGGAGGCGCUGCGGUUCUGGAUCCGGGUCUCGCAGAGUGCCGCCUACGCGCCGGAGCUGGAGGCGCUGACGGCUGGCGCGCCGCUGCCACCCAACUCGCGACUCGAGAAGGUGCCGGAGGUACCGGGGUGCGCCGUACCGGUCAGCUGAUGGCGCGCUGCCCCUGUUCAGGACGGAGCCCAGUCGUCCGUUCAGCCGGGUCGGUGUGGACUUUUUCGGUCCGAUGUACGUCAAGGGCGGCGACAAGGUAUGGGUACUGCUGCUGACCUGUGCCUCGUCGCGAGCUGUGCAUCUCGAACUGUGUAAGACUCAGAAUGUCGCUGACGUCAAGUUGGCUUUGCGCCGCUUCUUUGCGCUACGUGGCACCCCAUCGCUAGUUGUGAGUGACAAUGCCAGAACGUUUCAUGCCCUGCUCGGGCACCUACCUGCAGCUGUGACCUGGCGCUUUGUACCCGAGGCGGCGCCCUGGUGGGGCGGCUUCUGGGAACGUUUGGUCGGGAUAACCAAGAAGUCCCUGCGCAUUACCCUGCACCAGUGUUAUCUUACCCAUGAGGAGUUGGCAGUCACCCUGUAUGAGUUGGCGUUACAACUGAACUUCCGACCUCUCACCC